AUGCAUGAAUUCAAUAAAGACUUCUACAGUGCAAUCCAAACGGAUAAAGAAGGGAAGCUCUUGAACGUUUUCUGGGCUGAUGCAAGGUGCAGGGCACAAUACAAAGAUUUUGGAGAUAUUAUCACAUUUGAUACAACUUUCCUAUGCAACAGGUACAAAAUGCCUUUUGCUCCUUUUAUUGGUUGCAAUCAUCACGGCUCAUCAAUCGUCCUUGGUGCUGCCCUAAUAACCUACGAGGAUGCAGAAUCAUUUGUUUGGGUAUUCGAACAAUGGCUGCAGUGUAUGGGAAAACCCCCAAUGGGCAUCAUCACCGAUCAGUGUAAGGCUAUUGGAAAGGCAGUACAGACUGCAUUUCCUGGUGUGCCGUAUAGGUUAUGUGUUUGGCAUAUUAUGCAGAAUGCAAGCAGAAACUUGGGCAAAUAUUCGAGCUGGAAAGAAAUAGAUAAAGAUUUUCAAGUAGUCGUGCACGACACACUGACCAUCGAAGAAUUUGAUGAUGCAUGGAAAUCCAUGGUUACGAAAUUUGGGUUACAGAACGACAAAUGGAUAAAUGAAACUUAUCGUAUUCGGGCCAGUUGGGCCCCUGGUUAUUGGCGGAGCUCAUUUUGGGCUGGAAUGUCAUCGUCACAAAGGAGUGAAGGAAUGAACCGCUUUUUCAAAACAUAUGUAGGCUUAAACACGUGUUUGAUACAAUUCAUGAAGCAAUUUGAGGCAGCUCUUAGAGGAAAAGUGGAAGAGGAAAAGAAGUUACAUCUCGACUCACAAAAUAAACCAUAUACUUAUAACAACACCCUAAUUGCGGAGGUAGUGUUCUGCAAGGCAUACACCAAUACAAAGUUUAAAGAGGUGAGGGGUGAGGUGAUGGGUCUGACGCACACAAAUAUUGUGAGUACUGGCCGUGACGGCACAAAAAUCUUAUAUGAUGCGGUGGAGAAGAUCCCAAUCCCCGUACAUAAAGCAAAGCAGAAGACUUUUCAGGUUACCAUUGACAAAGAAAUGGGUGAGUUUACUUGCUCAUGUAUGCUUUUUGAGUUUCGGGGAAUUUUGUGCAGGCACAUCAUUCGUGCGAUUCAUUGUGAGGAUGUCAACUCUAUACCUGAUAAGUACAUUUUGACUAGAUGGAGGAAAAACGUAGUUAGGGAUUACGAGAGUAUCAAGGUUGAGUAUUAUGACCCAAAUGACUCAACCCAAGUGAAAAACAGUAGGGAGGUAGCAAAACGGAACAACUACAUUUCUACGUUGGCACUGCACAACAGUGAGACACUCUCGAUUUUUAUGGAAGCCACUGAAAAAAUGCGUGAGAGUCUCGAAGAUACAAUUGGUAUUAAGAGGACUGAUGGUGAUGAUUUUAUGGACUGGUGGGACCCUUCGAGUAAGAGGGUGUUUGGCCGCCGUAGGAUAAGGCCAAAGGAAAACAAUAAACAACACCUCGAACGCUCCGCAGUGCCAGUUGAAGGGGCCAGUAAAGAUCCGAUAGACCAAAGAGGCAAAGGUAGGGCUCAAGAGAAAAGGAAAAAGCACCCAGCUGAGAAAAAAACAAGGAAAAGGCGAAAAAAUGUUGUGCACGACACAGACGAGGAUAUGGACGAGGAGAAUGAUGAGGCAUUGCCAAAUGGAGAACAAGGCCAUGUUGAUGCUGGUAGAAGUGCUGGUGUAACUGAUUCUUACUACGGUGGAUAUCAAUAUUACGGCGGAAAUUUUAUCAAUCCGGGAUACAAUCCUAACUUUUUCGCACCCAGCAGCAGUAAUUAUCGUCCGAAUAUAUAUCUGAACCAGCAACCACUUGGAAGAGGUUAUCCCAACUUCAGCGUGAGGAAUCCGCAACAGCUUUCACAGUCAUACAUGUCGCAAGGAUCAAACCAAUAUUCAGCUAUGCGUCCAGGCUUUUGA